AUGAUGCAGUGGUUCCUCACCCAUCAGUGCUAUCACAUCAGCUUUGUCACCAACGCACAGCGCGAUUUAGUUUUUCUCAGAAUAGAUUCACCCUGCAAUGUUAGGGUGUGCUUCCCUUCGACCAAUGAACGGAAUAAGAAGAAAGCCAUAUUUUCAAAUGACGAGUUCUCGGGGGAAGACACUUUGAUGGAGGAACACCUCCAACUGAGGGAAAAACUCUCAGAAGACAUUGAGAUGAUAAAGUCCUCCCUCAAGAACAACCUUGUUUGUAGUACGUUGAACGACAAUGAAAUAUUGACUCUGUCUAAUUACAUGCAGUUUUUUGUUUUCAAGGCUGGAGACCUGGUGAUAAAGCAGGGGGAGAAAGGAUCCUACUUCUUCAUUAUAAACAGCGGCAAGUUCGAUGUAUAUGUAAAUGAUAAGAAGGUGAAGAGCAUGGGGAAGGGGAGUUCCUUCGGGGAAGCAGCCCUAAUCCACAACACGCAGAGGAGCGCAACGAUCAUGGCUGAGACAGACGGGACACUGUGGGGUGUGCAAAGAAGUACAUUCAGAGCAACACUAAAGCAAUUGUCUAAUCGAAAUUUUAACGAAAACAGGAGCUUCAUUGACUCUGUUUCUGUAUUCGAUAUGCUAACCGAAGCGCAGAAGAAUAUGAUCACCAAUGCAUGCGUUAUUCAGACUUUCAAACCUGGAGAGACAAUUGUGAAGCAGGGCGAUUAUGGUGAUGUGUUAUAUAUAUUGAAGGAAGGUAAAGCCACAGUGUUUAUUAACGAUAAAGAAAUAAGAGUACUUAACAAAGGGUCCUACUUCGGAGAACGAGCUUUGCUGUAUGACGAACCGAGAAGUGCCACCAUCAUAGCGAAAGAACCCACGGCAUGCGCAUCUAUAUGCAGAAAGCUCUUAAACAUAGUACUGGGUAAUUUGCAAGUGGUUCUAUUUCGUAACAUCAUGACGGAGGCGUUGCAACAGAGCGAAAUAUUUAAACAGUUCAGUGCAGAGCAGCUAAACGAUUUAGCAGACACAGCAAUUGUUAGAGAUUACCCAGCGAAUUAUCACAUUCUUCACAAGGAUAAGGUGAAGUCGGUUAAGUACAUCAUCGUGUUGGAAGGCAAAGUAGAGCUAUUUUUAGAUGAUGAAUCUAUAGGGAUACUAACGAGGGGCAAAUCCUUCGGAGAUGAAUACGUUUUGAAUCAGAAGCAGAAAUUUCGACACACCAUAAAAUCGUUGGACAUUUGCAAAAUUGCUCUUAUCACAGAAUCAUGUUUGGCAGACUGUUUAGGAGAUAACAACAUAGAUGCAUCAAUAGACCAUAAUAAUAAAAAAAGCAUUAUUAAGAAGAUGUAUAUUUUUCGGUACCUAAGUGAGAAGCAAUGUAAUUUACUUAUUGAAGCAUUUAGGACCACGAGAUAUGAAGAGGGGGAUUAUAUUAUUCAAGAAGGAGAAGUGGGUUCAAGGUUCUACAUUAUAAAGAAUGGAGAAGUGGAAGUAACCAAAAAUGGAAAAAGAUUACGAACUUUAGGUAAAAAUGAUUACUUUGGAGAAAGGGCCCUUUUAUAUGAUGAACCCAGAACUGCAUCUAUUAUAAGUAAGGCAACCAAUGUGGAGUGCUGGUUUGUGGAUAAGAGUGUCUUUUUGCAAAUAAUUCAGGGGCCCAUGUUAACUCACUUGGAGGAACGAAUCAAGAUGCAGGACACCAAGGUGGAGAUGGACGAAUUGGAAACUGAAAGAAUUAUAGGUAGAGGUACAUUUGGAACCGUUAAGUUAGUGCACCACAAACCGACACAAAUUAGAUAUGCUCUAAAGUGCGUUAGCAAAAGAAGUAUCAUUAAUCUAAAUCAACAAAACAAUAUCAAAUUGGAAAGAGAAAUCACUGCAGAAAAUGACCACCCAUUUAUAAUUAGACUUGUGAGGACAUUUAAAGAUUCAAAGUGUUUUUAUUUUUUAACUGAGUUAGUCACUGGAGGGGAGCUAUAUGAUGCUAUUCGAAAAUUAGGGUUACUCUCCAAACCUCAGGCACAGUUUUACUUGGGGUCCAUAAUACUAGCAAUAGAAUAUUUACACGAGAGAAAUAUUGUGUAUCGAGAUUUGAAGCCAGAAAAUAUCCUCCUUGAUAAACAGGGGUAUGUAAAACUUAUUGAUUUUGGUUGUGCGAAGAAAAUUCAGGGAAGGGCUUACACACUUGUUGGAACUCCUCAUUACAUGGCGCCAGAAGUUAUUUUAGGGAAAGGAUAUGGGUGUACUGUGGAUAUAUGGGCACUUGGAGUUUGUUUGUAUGAAUUUAUUUGUGGCCCCCUUCCAUUUGGUAAUGACCAAGAGGAUCAGCUGGAAAUAUUCAGGGACAUCCUAACAGGGCACUUAACCUUCCCCGAUUAUGUAUCUGAUCAGGAUAGCAUAAAUUUGAUGAAGCGACUUUUGUGUCGGCUGCCUCAAGGACGAAUUGGAUGUUCUAUAAAUGGGUUUAAGGAUAUCAAGGAGCAUGCCUUUUUUACUAACUUCAAUUGGGAUAAGUUGGCGGGGCGAUUGCUCGAGCCCCCACUUGUGUCCAAGGGAGAGACAUACGCGGAGGACAUCGACAUUAAGCAGAUCGAGGAGGAGGAGAAUGAGGACGAUGAUACGCUGACCGCGGGGGAGCCCCUCGAUGGGGAUGACAGCUGGGAUGUGGACUUUUGA